AUGUUCCGAAAACCAGCAUACCUCAAAAGAGUGCUCAUCAGUUCAAGCACUGUUGUCUUCAUCGAGUCUUCAGGCAUCUUGGUCAUCAACAACUAUGGCCCAACAAUAUACAGCAGCCUGGGUUUCGAUAAGGUAACCCAGCUCCGUUACAACAUGGGCUACAACACCAUGGCUAUCACAGGUGGGCUGCUGUCGUUCUUCAUCAUCGAUCGUGUCGCUCGCCCUAAACUCAUCGUGGCUGGACUCGUCACCUGCUGCAGCAGCCUAAUCGUGCUCGCCGCAAUCUUGGCCAACUUCGCUACCUCGGCUGAGGAUUUGGCCCGGCCAAACAAGAGCGCACUCCGGGCCGGCGUAGCGAUGAUUUACAUCUACUGUCUCAGCUUCGAGUUCUUCCUUGACGGCACCAUGUUCGCAUACAUGGCUGAGAUAUUCCCCAACCAUAUUAGAGCAAAGGGACUGGUAACCACGAUUGCUUCCCUUACCGCGAUCAACAUCCUAUGGACGCAGGUGGCCCCGACGGCCUUCGAGGCUAUCGGCUGGAAGUUCUACCUGUGCUUCAUCAUUCCCCCUCUCCUGUUUGCGAUUCUGGUCGCCUUUACGUUUCCGGAUACACUCGGAUUGCCACUCGAGGAGAUCGCAAAGAUCUUCGGAGAUCACAAGGAUCAAGUCGAUUUGCCGAUUCCUGAGCCCGAUGAAACACUGGGAGGCUCAUCCGCGGCUAGAACACGGUUAAUGGGCCAAAGCUCGGACGAGAAGGCAGCGUGGAGUACGCACAGUAUGUGA